GUCAGAGCUGAGCUCCCCUCCACCCUCAUGGAUCAAGAAAAGAACUUAUAAAAGCUGGCAGCACCACAUGCUACCAGUGUGACCAGGAUAUAUGAAGCACACUUUAGCUUGUGUUGGUUAGCAGGUGUAGUUUGCUAGCAGCUAGGCUAGCUUUAGACACUGCCAACACAUCAGUGGCUAUGGUGUUUGAGUUUAUCUUUGGUGUGGCUUUACUCCUGUCUGCGUGGCUACCUGCAAAAUCUGAUGGCAUCCCUGAUGGAGUUCUUCAUAUGGAGUGUCGUGAUCGCUACUUCAUGAUGGCUGUCGGUCUCUCCUUCUCUGGAGAGGAACCUCACUUUGAGGCUGUAGAUGAAACAGGCGUGUACCCCAUCACUGAGCAGUAUGCAGCUGAGUGUGGCUACAGCGUCAGUGUUCUCCCUCUGCAGGGCCACGUGGAGCUCCGAGCCUCUUAUUUCAGCUGUCACACUGACAACAAAGAUGAUAAAGUGUUCACAUUCAACUUCAACCUGAUGGCAAACCAUUUUGGACAGGAGGCCACCUUUACCUUGAACAAGACCUGUUCUCCCUCUCUCCCUUGGUCUCCCAGAGAGGUUACCUGUGAGGUCAACUACAUGGAAGUGUCUGUGAGGAGUGAAGUCACCUGUCCAUCUGGGACAAAGAAAGAUGACUGGGAUGCUGUUAAAACUGCACACAGCUCCACCACCUCAGAUUGGCAGGUGAUGUUUCAGAGAGCAAAGGAGCAGUCAAUUCCUACAAAUCUCUCUGAAGCUCAUAAGCAUGGCUAUGUGUUUGACCUGACGGAUGGAAGGCUUGUAUUUCGUACACCGUAUGGACAACCUGACUCAUUCAGCACGGAGGUGAAUGGUGUUCCAGUAGAGCUGGUCCAUGCCACUCUGUUCUCCAGGCAAAGCUGGGUUGUCCUCAUGGUCGACCUUGUGGCUGCUUGCUCCAUGUAUGAAGGCUCCUAUGAUGAAAAUGGAUACAUGAUGUGGAAAACUCCUGAGGUGCUGCACCCGCUGCUGUCUGGUCUGCACAAUACACAGGUCAACAUUGGUGUCAAUGGUGAAUUUCUGGAGCAGCCAGUUGCAGAGGAGAGAGGCUACAUUGUGGAGAAGCACAAUGGCACAGUCCAGCUCAGCAUCCCCUAUAAUGCUGAUGGUGGAUACAGGAAGAGCUGUGUGACUGAAGACCUCUACGAGUUUCACGUCUUCAAUCUAUACUUGGAGCAAAUCUUGGUGGAUGAGGAUCAUGUACAGACCAGGCUCAGACUUCACAGGACAUGGGCCACUCCCCUGCUGCCACACCCUGUUUUCACUCAUAACCAAACUGUUAAUGAGGAACACAUGUUCAGCGUCUACCUGGGAGAUGUCCCUGAUGAUGUUGAGCUGGCUGCUGUUCACUUGAAUGGACACAAAUUUACAGUUCCAUUUACAAACACAAGCAGACAUGCCAUCACAAAAGUUGUUCAUCCCAACAGCACCCAUGGCUACACUCUGAAGGUGCCUUUUGAUGACCCUGUUGUCUUACAGCAGUUCUCCAAAGAAGAUGCAGCUAUGCAGCACAAGCUGGACAUCAACUACACACUGACUGUUCUGCCUGAAAAGGAGCCUUUUUACCACUUUGCAUCAGUCAUGGCACAAAGUGACGUCUCUCCUCCAGAGUUUGAUGCCGUCUGUUUGGAGUCUGGCAUCAGGUUCAGACUGGACCACCGGCCUUUUGACUACCUGUGGUACAUUAGUAUCGGCUCUGACCUGCUGACAUCGGAGCUGGCAGCUCAGCACGGCUACAUCAUGAGCAACAACAGCCAGAGUCUGCUGCUCGAGGUGCCGCUCUUCACUCAUGGAUAUGAAUACAAGGACAUUACUCUAAAGGGAUUCCUUGGUACUUUUGAGAUCCUCAUCAGGGAUCAUGCAACAUCAGAGGUCCAGAGUUCAACUGUGAAGACUUGUCCAUUCACAGCCACUGAGCUUAUCAUGUGUUCGACUGAUGGGAGGAUGACUGUGGUGGCUGACUUGUCUCUGGCCAUCCCAAGUGGAGGAAUCCCUGCUAGAACCAACCUCAUGGAUAAAUACUGUGGACCUAAAGAAGUGGAUGACACUAGGGCGCUCUUCUCUUUACCACUCAACAGCUGUGGAUCCAUAGUCAAGCUUGGAAAGGAAAAUGUGACCUAUCAAAAUGAGAUUUUCUAUGGGUUUUCGAAGUAUCUCACUGUGAGCAAGGCAGCUUCUGAAGAUCCUACUGAGAGGGUGAUUGUGCAGUGUACGUAUCCUCUGGCUGGUCUCCAUCGCCUCUUUUCAGUCUAUAGGUUUGAGUCGGACACAGUUGGUGUCGGCCGUAUCAUCCACACUACGCAGUCGACAGCAGGUUCACAGAUCCCCACCAUCCAGCCAACCACAGCACCUCAAACCACACCUGCUACCACAAGCCCAAUCAGAAUGCCCAUAGCUUACCUGGCUGCUAUCCACCCUCCUGCUCGCUACAUCAAAGUGUCUAGGAUUCAAAAUCUCCAUGGCCUGAGAAAAGGAGCUGGAGGAACAUCACAAACCAAAGCAAAUGCUGCCCAGAUUUGAAGGAUGUGCAAUUGUUAUAGAAACCUGGGAUUUAAUAAAGUGGUUUCUUAAAA